CCGAGUGCAAUUUUUUACCCUGACGUUUCGAUUUCGACAUUUAUUGUAUGACUCAUAAAUAAUUUUUGACAUUUGUUGUACCUGAAACGUAGGUUUAGAACGCAGCUCUACAAAAUUCUAUUUGAUAUAAAGAUAGUAUGCUGUGGUAGUAUGUACUACUAUGUACGUACAUAUAGUAGAUUGGUAGGUAUAGUAUCUAAAGAGACAAGUUUUUGCAUAGUUUAGUUUAGUAUUUAGAUUUUCUUCAAUCACCACACAGAAUCAACUUCAAUCUGAAAAAGUACUUUCUGGAGAGUGUUAUUCAUGGUUUUAUCAUUAUUUUGAAAAUAGGCGUGACAAUGACAACAGAUACUUGAAUCUCAUUUUGACAUUUUAAAGCCAUUUAUUGGAGUAAAGACUUUCUAGAGUGCAGUGUCUAGUUGAAAAAUAUACCGAAGCAACAAAUUUCAGUGAUAUUUUGUGAUACGUGCUGCGUCAGCUAUUUACAGUUUCUUAUAAAGUUUUUACUGUGCAGUGAUAAGCUUCACUAUACCCUAGCGCUUAAGUUUUACGUAUCGUCUUCUUUUGUGCAAUAUUAUCAGUUGUCUCAACCAUUCUGUACAUUGCGUAGUGGUUAAUCCGGAUUCACAUUUGCUUAUUGUCGUCACUACGAUGCUAUGAGUUUAACACAAUCAUACGGUUUUAUCAUGAAGAGUAUUUUUAGAUCCAUUUGACUCUUGGUAUGUUCACUAAACCCUUGAAAGAUACUACAUUUUUUUGCUCCUGUGAAUAAAAAACUCCCUGUGAUGAAAUUGGUGCAUAUGAAACAUCAUCGAAUAUUUGGAAGAGGAUAAUCAAGUUGUGCUAUAUGGUGGGGACUUUGAGGUGAGGCUGCGGCAUGUGGCGCGCGCUGCUGUUAGCGGCGCUGGGCCUCCUGGCCGGGCCCGCGCUCGCCGCCAAGAAGUUCAGUCUCACCAUCGGCUACCUGCCUUCGAUCAAAGGCGAGCUGCGCGACCGCCAAGGGCUCGCUAUAUCCGGCGCGCUCUCCAUGGCUCUCGAAGAGGUGAACAACAGUACUGACAUACUCCCCGAUGUCGAGCUGCGGUUGGAAUGGAACGACACGAAGUGUGACACGAUCACUGCGACGCGGCUGCUCACUGACAUGAGCUGCUCCGGCGUGGUGGCCUUCUUUGGGCCAGAAGGUCGUUGUCACACUGAGGCCAUUAUCGCGCAGUCAAGGAACCUGCCCAUGAUAUCAUACAAAUGCUCAGAUUAUCAAAGUUCCGUGCUUCCCAAUUUCGCAAGACUUGAACCUCCAGAUACUCAGGCUACCAAAUCCGUGAUAUCUCUGCUCCGGUACUACAGAUGGAACAAGUUCUCUAUUUUGUACGAGGAGCAAUGGGUGACGGUGGCAUUGACGCUAGAGAAUCACGCGAAGAAGAAUAACAUGACAGUGAACCACCAGCGGCCCGUCAUCGAGGGUUUCAAGUGCUGCGAGGAGAAACGCACCUGCUGUGCACCAGGUUUUUGGUACCAAUUCAUACAGGAUACCAAAAACAGAACCCGAAUAUACGUAUUUUUGGGAUCUACCGCGGGUCUCAUAGACAUGAUGACUGCGAUGGAAUCACUGAAACUAUUUGUCAAAGGAGAAUACAUGGUCAUCUUCGUCGACAUGAUGACUUAUUCAUCUAAGGAGUCUCUGAAAUAUUUAAUGAAAACGGAAGACCGUGGUUCUGCCAAACUCGUAUGUCCAAAUACAGAGGAGUUCAAGAAGCGGGCGCAGUCGUUACUUGUGGUAGUGUCCUCGGAACCCGUGGGCAGCUAUGAGAACUUUACUGCACGCGUGCGACACUACAAUGCUAUGAAGCCCUUCCAAUUCCCUCUGCCAGCUGUGUUCGAGAACAAAUUCAAUAAAUUUGUGUCAAUCUACGCUGCUUAUUUAUAUGAUUCGCUAAAGCUCUACGCCACAGCGCUAGAUAGAUUGAUACGAGAAGAGACACUGAAGGAGAAGUUGACUGAACAGAAGCUGAUUAGUAUCGCCUCUAACGGAACACGGAUUGUUGCUAAAAUGAUUGACAGCACCCCAUAUAGAAGUGUGUCCGGUAUGACGAUCCGCCUUGAUGAACGGGGUGAUUCUGAGGGUAAUUUCUCGGUGCUGGCGUUCAAACCUACCACCUUCAGCGAUGAUGACGUCAACUGCACCUACAGCAUGAUACCCGUGGGUCACUUCCAGCAGAGCUCGAGGGAGUUCCCUGAAUACAAACUCAAUCCCCGUUUACCUAUCGAUUGGCCGGAUAACGUGAAACCCGAGGACGAACCUUCGUGCGGGUUUCUCAACGAGAAAUGUCCGAAAGACGAUUCGCAAAUCACUUCGCUUGUGGUAGCGGGCACAUUGGCUGUUACGCUGUUCUGUGCUCUAGUUGUCACCAUAAGCAUUUACCGCAAGUGGAAGAUCGAACAGGAGAUUGAAGGUUUACUCUGGAAGAUCGACCCGCAAGAAAUCGCCGGGUAUUUGGGAAGCGGGCUGAUUUGCUCGCCGAGUAAGUUGAGUUUAGCUAGUGGCAUAUCGUGUGAAAGCAGAUGUUGCACGCAAAUAUUCACUACAACAGCUCAGUACAGAGGGAAUGUAGUAAGAAUUAAGGAACUGAAGUUUUCAAAAAAGAAGGAUAUAUCGCGGGAGGUGAUGAAGGAAAUGCGUUUGUUGCGAGAGUUGCGCCACGACAAUCUGAACUCCUUCAUAGGAGCCGUCGUGGAACCGCUGCGGGUGUUGCUCAUCACCGACUAUUGCGCCAAAGGGAGCUUGUAUGAUAUAAUUGAAAAUGAAGAUAUAAAGUUGGAUAAAAUAUUUAUAUCUUCACUAAUCCAUGAUCUCAUUAAGGGUAUGACAUUUAUUCAUACUUCACCAUUAAUUUUUCACGGAAAUCUGAAGUCUUCGAAUUGUGUAGUCACAUCUAGAUGGAUGCUGCAGGUUACCGAUUUUGGUCUCCAUGAAUUAAGAUAUUGUGCUGAAAACGACUUUAUAGGGGAGCACCAAUAUUAUAGAGGUUUAUUAUGGAAGUCCCCAGAACUCUUAAGAGAGUUGGACAAUCCCAACGGGACUGUAGGUGGGACGCAAAAGGGGGACGUUUAUGCAUUUGGUAUAAUUUUAUACGAGAUAAUUGCAAGAAGAGGCCCUUUUGGGGUAACAGCUUUAGAACCAAAAGAUAUAGUAGAGCGCGUCAAGAGGCCUAAAUUAGAUGGCGAAGAAGUGUUUCGCCCGGACACUGGCAGCCUGGAGGGCUACACGGAGGACUACGUGAUAUCGUGCAUGAAGGACUGCUGGGCCGAGGACCCUAAUGUGCGGCCCGACUUUCCCACUAUAAGGAGCCGCCUUAAGAAAAUGAAGUCCGGGAAAUCAAGAAAUAUAAUGGACCAAAUGAUGGACAUGAUGGAGAAGUAUGCUAAUAACUUAGAAGAACUAGUCACCGAAAGAACGAGGCUACUCAUAGAAGAAAAGCAGAAAACUGAAGAUUUAUUGCACAGAAUGCUACCAAAGUCCGUAGCGCGCCGUCUCACCACGGGCGAAGGCGUGGAGCCGGAGUCCUUCGACUCGGUCACCAUAUACUUCAGCGACAUCGUUGGGUUCACGUCCAUGUCGGCUGAGAGCACGCCGUUACAGGUUGUCAACUUCUUGAACGACUUGUACACUGUAUUCGAUAGGAUCAUAAGAGGCUAUGAUGUUUACAAAGUGGAAACGAUAGGAGAUGCUUACAUGGUGGUUUCAGGGCUUCCUAUAAGGAAUAACGACAGACACGUCGGUGAAAUCGCGUCGAUGGCGCUCGAAUUGUUGAACGCCGUUAAAAGUCACAAAAUAUCACAUAGACCAAAUGAAACUCUGAAACUGAGAAUAGGGAUACACACAGGUCCCGUAGUGGCCGGCGUGGUGGGUUUAACUAUGCCUCGCUACUGUUUGUUUGGCGACACGGUGAAUACUGCGUCUCGCAUGGAAUCGAACGGGGAACCGCUGCGUAUACAUAUAUCGCCGAACUGCAAGCAUGCGCUCGAUAAGAUCGGCGGUUAUAUUGUCGAGCCGCGCGGUACUAUACCCAUCAAGGGUAAAGGACAGUUACAAACUUAUUGGUUGGUCAGCGCUACAGACAAAGCGAUCCAGAAAAGGGCUGUGGAGGGAGAAGAGAGGCCGUUGUUCCGUCGGCCGAGGAAAAGUCCAAAGCUUACGGAUUCCAGACAUCCAUCAUUAUCUGGUGGCAUGUGCGGCGUGCGACAGCGCGUGGCCAGCAGCACGCGGUCGGCGGGCGGGUCGUCGGCGGCGUCGCUGCCGGGGGCGUGCGCGCCCCCCGCCUCCCCGCCGCCCGCGCGCCGGCUGCGCACCGACAUGGUGGCGCGCACCAGAAACGCGCUGAGUUCGAUAGCGUCAUCCACCGUGGGCGACGGCGACGGCGAAUCUCUCCGGUCACAAGGUUUGCGCGCCCAAUCACUUGACAUAUUACCGAGAGAUGCGCGCAUACGUAGACACCACACCACGCGAUCACUGGACGCCGACGUGCCCGUAGCCACUGUCUCCGGCGACCCCGUCUUCAACGGAACCAUUAUAGGCAUCAUAACUGACGACAAAACCGAAGACAGCCCCCUUCUCCGCAAAACCAGCCUAUACAACAAAUUCGACCGCCCCAAGCGGAAAGUGCACGACGCCAACUACAUAGAGUUCUAUAAGAAGUGGCGUUCCCUGGAGAACAUAGCAGUGGAGAAGAACGACAUCCGCAAGAUGUCGCGGUUCGCGAUACGCUCGUGGCUUCUCGGCUUCUUUAGCGGCACUCGUAGUAGCGAUUCGUCACUUCGCCGCGCGCCACCGCUUCUCGACAGGGAAUCGGCUGUCUGAUCCCUCUUAUAUGUCAUAAAAGCCCGCAGAACGCGUAGCCUUCACAGUAAUACCAUAGAGGCACAGUCACCGCGAAGUCGUACCGCAUAUCGUAGACGUUCGCACGGCUUCAUUUACCCUAAGAGUCAAUGUAUUCUAGUUAUGUGAAUUAGUGUAGUUAGGUAGUUUGUUCUCAUACAUUUAUAUCACCUCUGAGGCCUACGCGUCCUGCGUCUAUGUAUCCUACUCCAAUUAAAUGUAUAUUUGGUAUGCAUAUGUAUGUAUAUGAAAUGAUGUUGUAAAUAAUAUAUGUAAGUAAAACGAUGUUACCGUGAAUUGUGAAAUAAGAGUUUAAUGUUA